AUGGUUACCCAGACAAGAGCUCGACGAACUAGGCUGAACUCUGCGCCUGAUAGACUAGAGAUCAACAUCGAAGAAAAGAGCAACGAAAAGAUGCGAAAAAAACGAUUUAUCGAGACUCGAAUGAGUUCCUUUGGCAACAUGCGCAUCGUGGAGAUUCCGGAAAUCGACACUUCUGAGAAGUACUUUUGCAAGUCUUGUGACAAAAGCUUCUAUCACAGAAGCGCACUCGAGGCUCAUCAAUUGAUCCACUCGACUCUCGAUCUGAGCACUUCAUCAGAAGACUCCAACCAAGGAUCGCCAAAGAAAUGCACAAGCUGCAAGAAAAAGUUCUCCUCCACCCUUCGACGAAAAAUUCACGAUAUGAAAUACCACACAGACGCUGUUGGAACAAAACUCGAAAUUCUAGCUGUUUUAUAA